CGUCCGAUCCAUGAUCAGGCUCCGUCGCGCGUGAGCGCGCAGGUCCAAAUGUGCGCGCAGAGUGUGUUCGUGCAGUGCUGACAGUCUUAUGCAAGCCGCCCUACACAGAGCCACGAUGUCCGACGCUGCUGCUCCAGCAGACAACAACGGGGAGCCUGGAUUAAACGGGUCAUGGGUAGAGCUGGAGAUGAACAGAAAUGCCGCAUCUCUCUCCUCCUCCGCUGCCUCAGUGCCGCCCCCUCUAGCACAGGUAGUAGAGGAGGAUGAUGGGAUGGUGGGAGGCCUUGAACACGUUCCCUCAUCAUCUUCCAUCCACAAUGGAGACAUGGAAAAAAUCCUGCUAGAUGCCCAGCACGAAUCCAGCCGCAGUAACUCCUCAUGCGACAGCCCUCCACGACCUCACAGUCCUCAGGACGAAGGGCAGAUCAUUUUUGACGUGGACAUGAGGCGGGACAGUCAGGAGGAAGUCAUGGAGAAGAUCAGAGAUGAUGACAUCUUAAUGAAGGAUUCAGACCGGGUCGCAGACUGGUCAAGUAGACCAGAGAAUAUUCCGCCUAAGGAGUUUCAUUUCCGGCACCCGCGGCGUUCAGUGACUCUCAGCAUGAGGAAGACAGGAGCCAUGAAGAAAGGCGGCAUCUUCUCUGCUGAGUUCCUCAAAGUGUUUAUCCCUUCGCUGCUUCUGUCCCACAUCCUGGUCUUGGGUCUCGGAGUCUAUAUCGGGAAAAGACUGACAACUCCCCCUGCAAGCUCCAUUUGAACCCAGAUGUCAUCAAGUGCCUCAGGCAUGGCCCAGGUGGAUUAGGGAGAAGGUUGCAGUUUGUACGAAGAAACCCCCUGCUGCCCCUUUUUGCUCCUUUCAGCCACCUUUCUUCCCUUUUUAGUAAUUCCUUUAUUAAGCCUUACCAUGUUGAGAAGCAUAAGUGAAAAACUUCUCAUUUCAGGCCCUUUCUGUUCUCGUUUAUGAUUUUCUGUAUCCCUUUUCCAGUUGUGAAUGUUCUAACAACCCAUUAAUAGUAGCAUUUUGAAAGUAUUUGGGGCAGUGCGUGAAACCAAACGCACACACGCUAGCUCCGCACUAGCUCGAUUUAGCUAGGAGGCAAAAACAUCCCUUUUUGGUCCAAUCACAUGUCUCAAGAAUGGGCCACUAAAGAACCCCCUUAGUUUUCACCCUCAAAAUGGGAUCAACCAAAAUAUAUUGACUUAUUGAAGUUAUACAAGCAUGCCUGAGUGCUGGCUAAGAUUUAUUUAUUAUUACAGAUGUUAUCCAUUUAGUUCUUUUAUUGACUUUAAGGGCGGAACGCCAGGAUGAUGGACUUGGAAGUGUUUUGGUAAGGAUAGGGCUCUCCAUAGACCCCAAACUCAUCUGGUGAGGAUGGAAAAUUAAUAACUCAGACAUAAUAUUUGUUUAUGACUAUAUCACAUGCAAUUUUAUACCAAGUUUUGCAUAAUCUUUUACACAACCCUGACAGAGACAACACCUGUUACAUUGUCAGAUUUUUUUUAAUAUUUCAUCUCAUGAACAUAGAUAAAAACCAGUCUGAUGGGGCUGGCGGAUCCCUGAAAGAAAGAAAAAAAUGUUAUUAUCUGUCCUUGUUUCUCUUGUGUUUGUUGUGUUAUUUUGUUCGUUUCCUUCACAUUCAUAUCAGGACCUAGUGAUUUCUUACUAGGCUUCUACUUUGCUAUACCACACAGUUUACCAUCAGCAUUCAGAGCUGAGAGGAUCUUGCUAACAAGGACAACAGCUGUAGUGUUUUGUAAUGCUGUCAUAGCUGUGUCAGACUUUCUAGAAUUUUGUUAUACACUCAUACUUCUCAGUCUCAUACUGAUUUAUAGCAUUUCCAUGCUGUUAGCUUGAGGACAAUAGUGCAAGAGAAAACAUUUUUUAAUUUACAGAUUAAAAAACGACAUUCUGUCAUUAUUUACUCAACUUCAUGCUGUUCCAAACUUGUACAAUUUUCUGUGGAACGCAAAAGAAAAAGCUUUGAAGAAUGUCCGUGCUGCUCUUUUCCAUAAAGUUAAUGGAGAUAAACUGGAAAAGAGCAUAAUAGCAGAGAAUAAUGAUGGCAGAAUUUUCAUUCUUGUGUGAGCUACUAUCCAGUCACACUUACACUCUAAGAAAUGCUGAGUUAAAAACAACCCAGCUUGGGUUAUUUGGCAACCAAGCACUAAGUAAAUAUUGCACAGAACACAUGCUGGGUUAUUUUGACCCAGCUGGUUGGGUUACCAAACAUGCUGGGUUAUUUUCUGCCAACUGUUGUUUAAAACUUAUUACAUUGCUGGUUUAAAAUGGACUGGAACUUAUAAAAACAUUACUAGAGGCAACAGCAAUAAUCAAAAGAUGAACAUUUAUUAUUAAGCAAGAACACAAGGAGAAAAUACAGAACAAAUUGAUUUUAUUCGGGUGAAUACAGCAUAGUUUACAUUAUUACAUACCAUUAAACAUGUUUAACAAGCAUUUUAGACAUGUAACAUUUAAAAGUCAAAUUUUUCCUUUAGUGUAUUUAACUGUUCUCUGUAAUCGCUUUUUACCAAAAUAGUGAUAAUUGUAGUGCCGGUGUGUCGCCGAAAUCUGAGCCGGUGAAGGGCUGCUGUUCGCCGGGUUAACUGCCAACUUCAGACCGCGGCCUCGCGUUUCACUCGUAGCUGAAAGAUGCCGCGAUUGACUCCAAAAACUUCCCAAUAACAAACAGUAUUGACAUUAGAGAACAUAUUUUAAGAUUAAACAUAGUACAAUAACGAAUAAAAUCUAUUUAUUUAUGCAAGGCAAAAGGCGUCUUCAUCCUGCGAAACAACCGCUGCUGACUGACAUCUCGUCCCUAUAUUGCGUUGCGUAAAAUAAUACAAUUUACAGCACAGUAAACUCUUUAUAAAUGAAAUAAAAUGUAUUAGAAGUGCAAAUCGGCGGCGCUGACAACUUGUAGAGGACUCAAAAAGCCCACGCUCAGCAGCUGGGUUGUUUGUCAGAGACAGGCUCAACCCAGCUGUAAAAAUGACCCAGCAACUUAGUUACAGAAAAACUACCCAGCACCUAGGUAAAAAAUAUAUAUAUUAAAAAUAACCCAAUAAAAUGACCCAACAAGUUGAAUUCAGCAUUUUUAUUGAGUACAGAGUCAUAGUCACGCACAUUUAGUGAACACUAACACUCCAGCAUUGCAGGUGACUGUGUUAUCCUGGACAUGAACAUCCCAGUGCUCAUUGUUGGGAACAGGGUUUGUGUUGUUAAUCUUAAAGUGAAUCAUCCUCAAGUCUAGUUGUGUUUUUGUCCUUUUUUAAGUGUAUUUUGGAUGUGUGAAUAUGUUCCUUUAGUCUUCGUUGUCUAUCUGAGGAUCUGCUUUUCCUCAAACAUGGCUGCCAAAACCAACUGAGAGCUCAACUCUUAUGAACUCUGUGCCUCAUUUCCUUCAUCAUGUUUGAUACGGCGUCCUGUCAUCAUUUCCUGUCAUCAUGUGCGUGUUCUGUGCCACAAGCUUGUUCUUUUUGUUGUUUUGCACCAUCUUCUUGGUGAACAUGACUUUUGGAAGGUUUCACAUAUGCUUUGAAUUUUUUAAGUCUUUAACAAUCGAGGCAAACUAGAAGAGAAGGUACAUGAUAGUUAAAGGUUUUAGUGUUUUAUUUGUAUUGGCGUUCAAAUUGUGGUUGGAAAGAAGUGGGUAAGCUUCCUUCGCGGAGAUACUUUCUUCAGACCGCAAUGUGAUGAUAAAAUGAUUUGUAAGAUUAUUGAUUUGACAGAAUCAUUUUUUUUCCUCCCCUGUUGGACAAUGACGAAGUUUUAAAAUUAAAAAUUUAAAGAACAAUCUGCA